AAGAAUGGCUAUGUUCUCCUUCGUCUCAAUCUUUCUCUCUAUCUUCCUCCUCUCCUCCUCAGCCAUUGUUGAGCCUAGAAAACUCCUGCACCAUGAGGAAUCAUCUCAACAGUUGGCUGACAUCGUAGACCGGCUUCCCGGGCAGCCGGCGGUGAACUUCCGGCAGUAUGCGGGGUAUGUGACCGUCAAUGAGACCCAUGGAAGGGCGCUCUUCUACUGGUUCUUCGAGGCCACCGAGGACGUCGACAAGAAACCUGUGCUUCUUUGGCUCAAUGGAGGACCUGGUUGUUCUUCCAUUGGAUAUGGAGAGGCAGAGGAGCUUGGCCCUUUCUUGAUGCAGAAGGGCGUGCCAGAGCUCAGAUUUAAUGAGGAGUCCUGGAACAAAGAGGCUAAUUUGCUUUUCCUGGAGUCACCUGUUGGCGUGGGAUAUUCUUACACAAACACAAGCUCUGACUUGUUUGUGCUUGGUGAUGAAAUCACUGCAAACGAUUCAUAUGCAUUUCUUGUCAAUUGGUUCAAGAGGUUUCCACAGUUCAAAACCCAUGACUUCUACAUUGCAGGGGAGAGCUAUGCAGGACACUAUGUUCCACAACUUGCGGAGAAGAUCUUUGAUGCAAACAAGAAUGGUGAUGAAGAUAAUUACAUCAAUUUCAAAGGUUUCAUGAUUGGCAAUGCAUUGUUGGAUGAUGAUACGGAUCAGAGGGGAAUGAUAGACUAUGCCUGGGAUCAUGCUGUCAUCUCUGAUCGAAUGUACCAUGACAUCAAGAAGGGCUGCAAUUUUAGUGAUCCGGAAGAAACUGGCACUUGUGGUGAUCUAUUGGAAGGAUUCUUUGAAGCUUAUAAUGUCAUUGACCUGUAUAGCUUAUAUGCCCCGGUAUGUCCUGAAGAUUACAACUCCACCUCCUCUCAUCAGCUAGGCAAGAUCAAAGGCAGCAAGUUUAGGUUCUCCAAAUAUAAACUGUGGCACCGGAGGUUGGCUGGCUAUGAUCCAUGUGUCUCAGAUUACUCCGAAACAUACUUUAACCGGCCAGAUGUGCAAAAAGCUCUGCACGCCAAUGUCACAAAGAUUGGAUACUCCUGGACUCAUUGCAGCGAUGUGAUCCUUAGUUGGUAUGACUCCCCAGAUUCCAUGCUCCCAACCCUUCGGAAACUCAUUGAUGGAGGAAUUAGAGUUUGGGUAUUCAGUGGCGACACUGAUGGAAGAAUUCCCGUCACUUCAACGAGAUACUCAUUAAACAAGCUUGGCCUCAACACCACUCAAGAUUGGACACCAUGGUACACCAGCAAACCGCAGGUUGGUGGUUGGACAAUUGUUUAUGAUGGACUGACAUUUGUUACGGUCCGUGGCGCCGGGCAUCAAGUUCCAACUUUUAAACCAAAGCAAGCACGGCAACUUGUCAGUCACUUCUUGGCAAACAAACAAAUGCCUUCCUCGCCAUUUUAGCUUCUCAUCUAUUGUUCUUAUUAGGUUUUAGGUGUAUUUCUUUUUUUUUUCCCUUGAUAUUUGCUUCAAUCUCUCAAGCUACAUCCAUUAGAAAAUAGUGAUCUUGGUAGUGGCCAUUGGUCUGAUUCAGAAGUUCCUAAUCGGCCAAGGCAUGUUAUUAGGUAUUCUAGUUGUGUAGAUGACUAUUAGUUGCCAAAAAUUUUAUUUUGUGCAGUUA